AUGGAGACUGAUUAUUACCCAUGUCCGACACAAGAUCUCCUAACAUGGGCGUUUGAUCAUGACAGAUAUGAUGAAAACAAGCCAGUUAUGUAUAGCCUCGAAGAUAGGAACUGCAGUCUUACGCGAAAGCAAGCAAAGACGUUCAUCCGGAAGCUCAUUGCAGGUCUACGUAAAGCUGGCCAUAAAUCUGGCGAUUGCGUGUGCAUUGCAGCCUUCAACGACAUCCAUCUGUCCACGAUAUUCAAUGCGAUCGUUGGUGCUGGAGGAGUGUUUGCAGGCACAAAUCCCAGCUACAAACACAACGAACUCGUCCAUCACCUCAAGACCUCAGAAGCUAAAUUUCUUAAUGUCGAGCCAGCAUUUUUGGAGUCCAUCAGUCGAGCCUCACAAGAAGUAGGCACACCAAGUGACCAUACCUUUGGUCUAAAUCUUUUUGGUGAAUCUAUUCCCACGGGCUAUCGUUCGUGGACAUGGCUUUUGGAACACGGAGAGCAAGAUUGGGAACGAUUUGAUGAUUUACAGACCGCAAAAAGUACCCCCAUCGCCAGACUUUUUACCAGUGGAACCACUGGCCUACCAAAAGCUUCGGUCAUGACUCAUUACAAUGCGACAUCUCACCACACAUUAACCCGGGAAAGGAAACCUUUACCGUUUGAGUCUCGCAAUAUCUUUGCGCUGCAGAUGUUCCAUGUCUCUACGAUACCUGUAGUCCAUUGCUCGCCGUGGAGAGUGGGACAUAGCGCAUACAUCAUGCGACAUUUUCAAAUGGAGCCCUAUCUAAAGGCUGUAGAGGAGCUCAAGAUCAAUGAAACGGCACUGGUUCCUCCCCAUGUGAUUUCGAUCCUUUCGUCCCCUCUUCUCAAGAAGGAUACUCUGCGCUCUGUUAGACGAGUUACCGGAGGCGCUGCUCCAUUGGAUGCUGGCAUUCAGCGAAAAUUCAAAGCGCUGUGCGCACCUGGUGCAACAUGUACUCAGAUUUGGGGAAUGACAGAGACAUCUGGUUCAGCGACCUUAUUUUACUACCCCGAAGAAGAUGACACAGGGCGCAUUGGACGUUUCAUACCAAACGUUGAACAUAAGCUUAUUGACGAUGACGGCCGUACGAUCAAUCAAUACGAUGUGCGGGGAGAGCUAUGCGUUCAAGGGCCGACAGUGACCCCUGGGUAUCAUAAAGACGCGAAAGCCAACGCCGCAGCUUUUGAUGAGGAUGGAUUCUUUAAGACAGGGGACUUUGUGUAUUGUGACAGUAAGACCAAGUUAUGGUACAUCGUAGAUCGAAAGAAGGAAUUGAUCAAAGUGCGUAGAUUUCAGGUGUCACCGCCAGAGAUUGAAGGAACACUCUUGAGCCACCCUGACAUUAUUGACGUCGCUGUAAUUGGAGUGCGCUAUCCGCCCAAGGAUGAUGAGUAUCCACGCGCAUAUGUUGUUGUGCGGCAGGGAUCAAGACUAGAUGCCGAUGCAGUCAAGCGUUACGUUAGUGAGCGACUUGCAAAUUACAAGGAAUUGACGGGUGGUGUCAGGUUCAUCGAUCAGAUUCCCAAGAAUGCUUCAGGGAAGAGACUGAAAAAGCUUUUGAAGGAAUCUGCACAGAAAGAGAUAUCAGGGUGGCCCCAAGCACGCCUUUGA